AUGCUAAAGAUUAAAUAUUUCUAUUUGUUGAUUCUUUUUGUCCUCAUUGUACCUUCAACAGGUUUUGGCCGACUUUCCUAUUUGAGACAAUUACUUGUCCUGAGAGCUGGAAGAGAUCCAUUAAAGGAUUUUCGAUAUCCACAGCCACCAAAGUCGAGUUUCGAUGAUUUUGAUGUGAACGAGUUUUUCGAUGACGGA